AUGACUGAAAAUAAAACAAAGCUAGAUCCAAAGAAAAUCUUUGAAGAUCUCUCGACUUUCGUGGAGAACCUGCAGACCGGCAGUGGCCGGCUUGAGGAAUUUAUGCGAGAUGCGGAAAUGAUAGGCGACGCCAUCACGGCUCAGAUGCAGGCAGACGGUCACGUUUUCAAGGAUUAUCUCGGCGAACUGCCGAGUACGGCUUCCUGUGUGGACGAAAUAUCCCUGCUGCUGCCAGUGCACUUUGAGGUGUUUUUGCCCGUCCGUUUGCCCAUUGCACUGGCCCCCAGCUUCGAUGAGAAGCAACGCACUGUGCAGCUGCGUCAUCCCGACAUGCUCCAUCCAUUCUUCUUUGGCAACAUGCUGAACGCCAGGUGUAUGAACUUUGUGCUGAAGCAGGAGCUGCAGCAGACCAUCGCCAGCAUUGGCCGCAUGAGAUCCUACGACCUGAGCUACAGGGCGAACCACAGCCGCCACGUGCCCUUCAUGCACCAGAUAUUGGCCGUGGACCGUCGCAGCAAUGGGCGGCGAUGCAUUCGCUUUGACUUUGUGCUCGCUUUGCUGUUCGAGGGGCCGGUGCUGCCCCUGCCGCCGUACUACGAUGCGCCCAUCAACUACACGUGGCUCGCCUACGGCAAGAUCGAAGUCGGUCGCAACAGGCACCCAGCCGAUUGGGGCGUCGUAGUGCCCAAGUGGCAGACAAGGUCAGACCUAGAUGCGAAGCGCCUGAAUGGCGUGCUGCUCCUCACGCAUCGCCUGCUGAGCACCCAGCAGUGCCAAAACUAUGCCGCUCCUGGCCCCCUGAAGCUGGGCCUUGCCACAGCCGUCCAAGAAAUCAAAGGCUUGGGAUACGAACUCACGCCCACUCCAGUGUUGGUUAUGUUGACUAUGAAAAAAUUGAUGCAAAAGGACGUGGAUGGCGCGACCACCAACGUGAAGCAGCUAAUGAGCAUCGUGAGGCUCAUCGAGCAACUGUACAACGGAGGACAGGAUGAGGCGCACGGUGAAGCUGGCAAGGCGUGCAACAUGCAACAUCUAUGCAGCACUCCGGAAGCAAACUACUAACGUGCCACGCAGCCUCGACGCAAUUGAGCAGAAGAAAGUGGAGAGUAGGAGAGUGUCUCCUUUGAGGGCUUCGCUUGUUCAUUUUUAAGUUGUUUGCCUGUGAAAUUUGAGUUGAAACGUUCAAGUUGGCCAACGUAAAUGUAAAUCCUUUCUGGCUGUUGCCUGUCACAGGCUUAGUGUCAAAUCUCAGUAAUUGUGCAGCACACAGCAAAGGGACAAACCCUGAGACAAAAGUUAAUAAAGGCCAACAAAAAACUAAAGCUCUA